AUGAGCAGCAGAAAUGAGAGCCCAGCUUCGCAAAGUCUCGAAGAUAUCACUAAAAAGGAGCAAUUAGACGAGAUUUUUGACAAGCAUCAGCGAUUCAACUUUAGAAAAUUAAAUUUGCCUCCUUUGAACAAGGACCAUCAGCGGGCGCAAGAGUCGCAACCAAAAGAUUUAUCGCAUUAAAUCAGAAAUAGCCAAGCCCCUGGGUCAACAGCAGUCUAAUUCAGGAAUAAAUAAGUGCACCCCGAGUAAUCGGAGGAACCACUGUCCCCAGCCGAGAGUUACAAAAGUCAAAGCCAAAGAGACCAUGAAGCUUCGCAAAGGGAUGCUCAAUCGCACACUCCCACAAACUAAUCUCAAAAUAAUGCCCAAGAUAUGUCCUCCUCAGCUGCAAAAGAAAUAAAUACUCCAAAGCAUCUCAAUUCAGGUACCACUGCCAAUAAUCUGCAACUGAGCAGUAUCGACCAGAGAAGAGCUAGGAGAAAGUAGCUUAAUCUUAGAGAGAAUCUUUCACCUCAGCAGUUACAAAUGAACUCUGACUACCUUAAUGGCCAUGGAGCUGAUUUUGAUCAUAGAACAACUGGUCGGUGGUCAAGAGAAGAACAUGAAAAAUUCAUUGAAGCUAUGAGCAUUUAUGGCAGAGAUUGGAAGAGAGUGGAAGCACAUAUUGGAACUAGAUCUGGCGCCUAAAUUCGAAGCCAUGCCUAAAAGUUUUUUAACAGAAUUGAGAAGGAAUUAGGUGCUGAUGUGGAAACAUAUAUAGAGUAAAAAGCCAAAGCAAUUUUUGAGAGAAAAAGCAAAUUGCAAUCUGGGAUAUUAGGGAUUACAGGUUUAAGUGCUCUUAAUGAAAUUGAGCACUCUGACAACGAUCAUAUCGAUGACAACAAUGAAAUUUCUCAUCCACCAGUUCUAGUCUCACCUAGAAAAUCCACAAACAUGAUUGAGAUGAAACCACCGAUCUUUACGAGAGACAGGUCAAUCAGUCACACUUUUGGAGUGGCUGAUCUAUUAGCAUAAAAUAACACCAAUAAUGAAUAACCUAAAAAUGAGAUGUCAUCUGCUGGUUCAAAGACAAGUAUUAAUAAGUCUCAAAGUAGAGGAGGCCCUCAAUAAUAGAAUUUACAAUAUGAACCAUCAAAAUUUUCCUUAAAACAAAGCAGAUAAAAAAAGAAUAAAGAAAGACAAAUUUAUGCUUUUUCCCCACAAAUAACAGCUGUUAAAAAGACAAAUGAAGCUGAAUUAAACAAUAACAUUCUAUAAUAAGUUAUCAAAGAAUCUUUCAAUAACUAUCAGAAUCCAUAAGAAAACUCACCAGAGAUAAACAUUAAAGAAUCAUCUAACCCUGAAGAGUUUUUCACGAAUUUUGAUAAGGAAAGAUGUUUAAUCUAUAACUAAAUUCUCCUCGAGUUCAAUGACAAUGUGUCCUCACCAAUUAAGCUUCAAAUUUAUCUCGAACUAUUGCAAUCUCUAUAUAAUAAGCUAGUUCAAACAUACACUAAAGAGUUAGAGAGGGAUACUAGUAUGACAAGCCAAAUUCGUCAAAGAUAUCUAGCUUUGAUCCUAGAAUUUACUAAUAAUAUCUCCUUAGUACAGCAAAUCUAAUCUUUCUAAGCAUUGUCAGCAACUAUUGAUAAUAAAAUCUAGCAAAAUAUUUAAUAGACAGCUUCCUAACCUAGACAUAGCUUUAAUGAAUUUAAUCUUCAAGCCUAUUUAUCCAAUAAGCAACCAACUACAUCAGGGGGUACUCUUACACCACAGUCUAUUAAUAACCAAAUUUUAAAUAAUAUAGUGGGUUUAACUUAGAAUUACAACAAUAACAACCUAAAUAACUUAGCAAUAGAAUUACUAUAGCUACUGUAGAAUAAUCAAAGAACUAGUACUAGUCUAAACUCUCGUAAAAUCUCAAAUGAUUGGAUGGAUAGAUCACAUUCUUAUGAGCCUGCUAAUAAUAACGAGCUGUCAUUGAACACCAUUGGCCAACAUAUUAUCAAUUCAUUCAAUUAAAAUGACGAGGCUAAGAAAAGAAUAAUCAAAGCAGAUGAGAAGCAUCAGGAUAAUUUAAGAAAAACCCAAAUUCUCAAUUAAAGUGCAAACAAUAGCUUCAGUAAUGCAAACAUAAAUGCUGCUAAUAACUAGAACAACUAAAGUAGUUUUUUAAGUCAAAUAGGUGCUGCCUUAGGAGCAAGUAAUAAUCAAGGCUUCAAUCAAGUUAAUAAUUCUAAUGCAAAUAAGCAAUCACUAAUAGGAUCCUUUAAGCCCAGUGGAGAUAAUGACUUCGCACUAUAAAGUAUUAAAAGAUUAAGAGGACUUUCUAACAAUCUUGAGCCAGAAAAGAUUAGUCCUGAAAGAAUUUAAGUUUAGUAGCCCUUACUAAAUAAUGUUUCAAAUAGCAUUUUGAAUAGUUCUAAUUUUUUAAGUGCUGCAACUAACAAUCAAAUUUCAUCGAAUAAUAUUAAUAAUGAAAUGCAAAGUACGAUUUAAUCUCUUAUGUAAUAUCUGGGAAGUCACCAUAAUACUAAUGGCAAUAUGAACCUUGGCAGCUUAGUACCACCUAAUAAUAAUUUAGCUACUCUUCAAAAUCUAAACUCUCUAUUUGGGUAAGAUGCAAAGAAAAAUGAAAACUAGAGUAACUAUUGA